AUGCUCUUACUCUUAGCUAAACGCACCACUCCCAAAUUAGAUGAACCUUCUCUCUUUUGCUCUGCUAUAUUUAGCCUUUUACCAAACAUAUUAAGAUGAAAUAAGAAUCCCUUUUCCGUCUCCUUCGUAGACGCGAUCCUCCACAGAUCACAGAUCCAUCCCCCUCUCUCGCUCAUUCGUAAAUACAGUGUAACGAUGCACGAACCUGAUUUAUCGGACGAUGCCGAUUAUGCCGCAUCGAUUCAACACGGCCCUUUAAUCACAAAUCGGAAUGACAGCCUGGGACGAAGCUCACCGAUCGACCCGGAAGGUGCAGAGGUCGUAUAUACUAAAGAUAAUGUCACAAUACAUCCUACUCAGUUCGCUUCCGAGAGAAUUAGUGGUCGACUGAAGUUGAUUAAGCAAGGAAAUGCUCUUUUCAUGACAUGGCUUCCUUACAAAGGGCAAAGUUCAAAGGCAAGAUUGCCUGAGAAAGAUAAGAAUCUUUAUACUAUCAGGGCUAUGCCGUUUUCAGAUAUUCGAUCAAUACGUAGACACACUCCAGCCCUGGGUUGGCAGUAUAUUAUUGUAGUUAUGUCAUCAGGUUUGGCUUUUCCUCCACUUUAUUUCUAUAAUGGAGGGGUUCGUGAAUUUCUCACAACCAUCAAGCAACAUGUUGUUCUUGUCAGAUCAGCAGAUGAUGCCAAUGUAUUUCUUGUGAAUGAUUUUCAAAAUCCUCUCCAGAGGACUCUGUCUUCCUUGGAGCUUCCUAGAGCUGUUACUCCUGUGUGUCAAUCCCCCACCACAAUGGAUCCACAUAAGGGCGUGUUAGAUAAAAGCUCCAAUAUUAUUAAGAAGAAUGGCAGGAGACAAAAGUACCGUGAUCCUGCCCACGACAUUUCUGUUCAAGUAUUGGAGAAAUUUUCUCUUGUUACCCGAUUUGCUCGUGAAACAACUUCUCAACUCUUUCGGGACCGCCAUCCUGAUAGUUUCACUUCUAAUGAGGGGUGGAAGGAUGGUCCGUCGUCACAUGCAUCUAAUCAUAUCACGUCAUCAGAUGAUUCUCCACAAGUUCUUGAUGAGGUUCCUGUAGCAGCAGAUUCAGUGGAGAUCGACAAAUUAUCCCUGGUGUGGGGAAAGCCACGUCAGGCACCCCUGGGGCAAGGAGAGUGGACUAUCUUCUUGGAUGCAGAAGGGCGAGUAAUGGAUCCAAAAUCAUUGAAAAAGAGAAUCUUCUAUGGUGGUGUUGAACACAAUUUACGAAAAGAGGUUUGGAGAUUUUUAUUAGGAUACCACACCUAUGAUUCAACAUUUGCAGAGAGAGAGUACCUCAUAUCAGUAAAGCAGUCAGAGUAUGAAACAAUAAAAAGGCAAUGGCAGAGCAUCUCUCCAGACCAGGCAAAGCGAUUUACAAAAUUUCGAGAGAGGAAAGGCCUUAUUGACAAGGAUGUGGUGAGGACUGACAGAUCGUUGUUAUUUUACGACGGGGAUGACAAUCCUAAUGUGUAUAUUAUGCGAGAUAUACUGUUGACGUACUCGUUUUACAACUUUGAUCUUGGGUACUGUCAGGGUAUGAGUGAUCUUCUCUCGCCAAUCUUGUAUGUGAUGAGAAACGAAUCUGAAUCUUUUUGGUGCUUUGUUCACCUUAUGGAACGUCUUGGUCCUAAUUUUAAUCGUGAUCAAAGUGGGAUGCACUCUCAACUUUUUGCUUUAACAAAGCUGGUUCAGCUGCUAGACAGCCCAUUGCACAACUAUUUCGAACAGAAUGAUUGCCUGAACUAUUUCUUCUGUUUCCGCUGGCUACUGAUACAGUUCAAGAGGGAGUUUGAAUACGAUAAGACAAUGCGCAUAUGGGAAGUUCUGUGGACUCACCAUCUGAGCGAACACCUACACCUAUAUGUCUGCGUUGCCAUUCUCAGGAGAUACCGUACGAAGAUUAUGGGGGAGCAGAUGGAUUUUGACACACUCCUAAAAUUCAUCAAUGAAUUGAGUGGUCAGAUCGACCUCGAUUCGACCCUAAGAGAAGCUGAAGCCCUGUGUAUAUGUGCCGGUGAGAAUGGCGCUGCUUGUAUCCCGCCUGGAACCCCACCUUCACUACCAGUCGAAGAUGGCUCAGUAUAUCCCCAGCUUGACGAUGACAUCUUGUAGACGAUUCAUGAUUGUUGUUUAUUAAUCUUUUUCAACGUUGUGAAUAUUUCCUAUAUAUUUGGCGCGAUUGCACUUGUUAUUUGAUUAUAAUUAUAAUUAUAAUUAUAAUUACAAUUACGUGUUCAUACAGUUA